AUGGAUAACGGCUCGGGCAUAUCCAUACCUCUCGGCAUAUUCAUCGGCCUCCUGGCCUCUUUUGUCCAAAGUCUGGGCCUCGCUAUACAGCGCAGAAGUCACGUACUCAAUGGUCAACUCCCAGAGGCGGAGCGCAAGGUUGAGCAUAGACGACCACUAUGGAUCAUUGGUUUUGUCAUCUUCCUUGGUUCCAAUAUCUUUGGGUCCUUCAUACAGAUAGCUUCCCUUCCCGUCGUUAUUUUGGCACCGCUGGGCGCCGUCUCCCUCCUUUGGAACGCACUCUUUGCCCGUCUACUCCUCCGCCCUCCUCUCCUCUUGGGAACCGCACUCAUUGCAGGUGGUGCCGUUCUCAUUGCCGUUUUUGGCAUUGUCCCGGAGCAGCCCCGUACUUUGGACGAACUCCUGGCCCUCUUCCGCCGCCCUGCAUUUAUCGCGUGGUUCUGCGUCGAAGGCGUUGCGCUGCUAGUAUGCUUGGUAGUGACCCACAUGGUCGAGUUUGCCUACGCAAAGCGACUUCAGGCUGCGUCCUACUUGCUACUGGAUUCCGACGGCGAAGAGGAGCUCUCACAAUCUCCACAGGACAUAACAGCGCCGCCCGCAAAUCAGCAGCCAUCGGCACUCACGACUGGGCUCAGUGAGCAGAUCGCAACUGUUGAAAGUGUUACAGAGCGUACACCUCUCCUUGAUCCCAAACCCGCCAUAUCCUCCUCCAGGCAACCAACAACCAUGCUGAAACAGCGCUCUCCUUCCCCCUCACCCUCUUCGAGCACGGAUGGUGCCAAUCCUCAGGCGGUUGUAAGAGGCUUCUCUUCUCGUACACCGCUGUUUUUAGCCUUGGCAUACGCUGCGGCCUCUGGAAUAUUGUCAGGAUUGUGCCUCAUAUUUGCGAAAUCAGGGGUUGAGCUGCUUGUCCUGACACUCAAGGGCCACAACCAGUUCUACCGGUGGGAAACGUGGAUGUUGCUCCUUGGGCUCGUUGUCUUUGCCCUUGGCCAGCUGUGGUACCUCAAUCGCGGCUUACGCCUUUCAGAUCCCGCAUUUGUGUGCCCAUCUGCUUUCUGCUUUUACAAUUUCUCAUCUAUCCUCAACGGUCUCGUCUACUUCAACCAACUGGGAGAACUACCUGGCUGGCACAUCGUCCUGGUCGUUUUGGGUAUGCUGAUACUGCUCGCCGGUGUAUGGGCUGUGAGUGCCCAAGCUGGUGUGAACGAGACGCGGGUAGGCGAAGAAGGAGCGUCCGACGACGGCGAGGAAGCGAUCGCGGAUGAAGAAGAUAUCUUGGAACCAUCACCUAGGGAUGCCGAGGAGCAAAUAUCUUCAGUUCAGAGACUGUCGUCCGCAUCUGCAUUCUCGCGCCGAUCUUUGCAGCCGCGUUUGUUGUCAAGCACUGGACCACCUACAGUCCAUCGGUCUUCGAGGUCUCUAGAUGGGACAAGACUAGAGAACUCGCUGUCGUUGGAGACGAUACGACCUUCGAGCGCGGAUUCGCCUCCACCAUCACCAUCCACACGAGCCGAUUCAGAGGUGGUUUCCCCUAUUAGUACUACGCGCAUGUCACUUGCCGGGCGUCGAAGACGUCAGACGAUGGCAGUGGACACUUCGAGUGGUGGAUCUUCAUACCUCCAGUCACCGCAGGCGGCCAACAACUCGGCACUGCUUUCACCUCCACUCGGGGGAGGCUUGUCGAUUGGGCUGUCGCCCAUUAGUCCUGGUUUCUCUCUGAUCCACCCAGAACAGCGAGAACAUCAUCGACAUUCUUCGAGAAGACUCAGUGGGCUUGGGCUUGGGUUUUCCGAUGUAGUGGAUGACGCUGUGCAAGAGCGGCCGCGGACAACGAGCGAAGGUCAGAUGAGCGGCCAUAGCCAACGUAGUCAGCGGAGGGGAGAAGAGGACGGGGGCGGGAAUCACGAACAAGUAGCGCAGCUUGAUGCUCGACCAGGUAUGGCGUCCGCACGAUGGAACUGGCUGCGUCGUGCUGUUCGGAGAGAGCGAAGCUGA